AUGAACAUUGAUACAGUAAUUGGUUCUAUUCUAUUGCUAUCUCGAACAUCGUUUGCAUUUACCAAUUCGGAGUCUGUUGGGAAGAGAUCAAGUAAUAUUGAAAUAGACAUAGCACAGAGGUUUAUCUUCUCAUUAGCAUUACUUUCAUUAUUAUUCGUAUUUGGGAUUGGGUUUGUUAAUCUUCUUUUUGUUAAUAAGUACCUGUUGACAUCCCCUGAAGAGAAUAAUUCAGAAUCAGAAUCAGCAUCAAAAAGUGCAUCCAACAUACGUGGAAGUGACGAAAGUCCUAGCGAAUUUGAUACAAGUGCCAUAGAAAGCGACGAAGAUAUCGCUAUUAGGAUCACAACAGAAACAGGUGAGACAGAAGGUGAGAAUUACGAUAGUGAAGAAUUAGAUACAUUAACGUUUUUGGACCAGCACUCAUUUUACAAUAAUCUCAACAACAGCUCCCAGUAUUUGAGAAGAGAUAGUUUUUCACAAUGA